AUGUCUCCCGAUGGUUCAUUAGAGAAUGCCAUACCUCCUCAGUCUUCCAACUGGCACUCAAUAAGACCCUGGGCACCGUCGCUUUCCUUGGGAGUUCGAGAGAUCACCUCAGUUUCGGCUACAUUCAUUCUUUCAUCGACUUUGAGUGGUGAACUCGACUCUUCAUUGGCCUCUAUCGGUCUCGAGGCCGCCGAGGACGACGCGAACAACGUUUACGAUGACAAUGGAGUUUCAACUCCAACUUCGAGGAGAAGCAGUUCUGUCAUUGCUGAUGCACUCGCAAAAGGACUUUCGGUCAAUGUUAAUGGAUCUGCAUGGCAAAGGGCUUUCAUUCGGAUCGACGAUCAAUUGGAUGAAGCUGUUAUUAUCAUAUACGCCCUAAUGCCUGGGCGACAGUAUGACAUCGAGCUAGCGCUUGCCUCUGCUGGCCAACCGGCAACGAUACGCCGGCAGGUUACAACACAAGAUGAUUCAGAGCCAGAGACUGCAGGGAAUACUACAGAUCCAGAAUCGCCGAAUCCCGACAAUUCUUCGUCAUCUGAUCCUCAUUCUACACCGUCCACUUCACCCAGCCGCACUGUCCCAGGCACACCACCUGCGGCGCCUCAGAUCACAUUGGAAGAUAGGCUUAAUCAGCUGCAGCACACCCUGUCAACAGUGAAUGCAGAGCAGGAAAGCCUCAUUGCAUCGCUCAAAUCCGCGCGCAAGGAUGCUCAAAAGGCAGACGCGGCCCUACGGUCCGAGAUCGAAACUCUAAAAAGGACGUCUGAGAAAAACUCUUCGGCGGAGCUCAGAGGCAAGCAGAAAGUUCUGGCACUUCAGGAGUCGGUAAAACGGGCCAAUAAUGCAACAAAGGAAAUGGAGCAAGCGGUGGAAGAGAUCAAAAGUGGCUUGCCAGAACUGACUUCGGUCAAGGACCAGAAGGAGGCUGAGUAUGCUAAAAUCAAGCAGGAGGCAGAUCGAAUAAAGAAAGAAAGGGAAGAUGUUGAGGAAAAGGAGAGGAAACGGAUUGACACCAUGAAGGCCGAGUUGGCAGGUUUAACCAACAAGCUGGAAAAAUUGGGAGGCAAGAAGGACAAGCUGGAGUCAACAAUUAUUCCCGAUCUUGAAGGGAAACUGAGCGAAGUGGCGGGGGAGAUUGAGGCCGAAGAACUUGAACUUGCACGCCUGGAGGAAGAAGAUAACCAAAACAUGAUCAAUCAACGAUUUCAGCGAAGUCUUGAGAGCGACCAGCCCAUCGACACAGGAUCUCCUUCGUAUAUCCCUAUGCAGCGAAACCGAUAUCACGCGCCAGGCGAGCAACCCAUACCAAUCGGAAGACCGGCACCCGCCCCAAUACAGCGGCCUCACGUUGAGAUUAACCAUUCAGUCAACGGCAACCAGUCAACUUCAAAUCUUUUGUGGAGUCCACCUAUGAGUCUCCGUCAAGCGCAGUCGCUCGUACAUCCUCAUACCCCUGGACAAAUGCAAACACAUAGUCCACGUUCUCAAUCUUAUAACGCUAUCGCAGGUCACAACCCGUCAACGAUAAUGCUCAGUCCUCAGCGCAGGGCAUCACUAAAUUCAAAGUCUGUGCUGGCUUCCGCUCCGUCUAUCUCGACGUUGGCUACUUCUUCAACUAGUUCAUUUUCGUCCCUGCCCAGUUCAACUCCUACAACCUCCUCCUCACCAGCAUCAUCUCCUAUAAACUCAUCACCCACGCGGAGCAGUCCGGGUAUGACAGCUGCCACAUCCACCCUUUCAAGUCGUGCACCUGCCUUUGAACCUCUGAGACCUAUCCUCAACGGCAACAACCAACUCCACGGGCAAGGGCAUUCAAAUUCGAAUACGACAACUACUAAUAGCUCAGGAUUCUCUUCUUCGCACAGUUCGCUGUCGUCGCAGCGACCCCGUGGGUUUUCGAACAGUAGGCCUGGCGCACCGCCCGCUUCAAGCAAGAAUGGCAGUCAUUCUUAUACUCUUUGGAACGGGGCGCAUUGA